AUGUCUGGGCGUCUUCCAUCCGAACAUUCUCGUUCCCUCUCACGAGCCUCACAGUCUCCGUCUGUUUCAAAUCGUCCUUCCUGCGAUUCCGAUUCAAUGCGUCAACAUUGGAAUCCCGCUCGAUCCUCUAAUCCUAAUGUCUUUUCCGACGAUUAUUCCCUCGACCCGAUAGAUUCGGAACAGUCCACCCUCACUCCUCGGAGCCCAUCCGUGUCCUCGGCGGCAUCAUCCCACACUCUUCGUUCAUCUAUACCACAACAGCAGCAGAAGCCAUAUAGCAGCGUUCCCACUGGGCCCGAAGUGACUGAGAAUCCCUUCGGGGAUGACGCUCGAGUCUCCCUUGAUGACGAUACCCCCCACCGAUCCAGCCUGCCCCAGAAAGGGGUCGACAUAUCCAACCGCAAUUCCAUCGCAUCUAUCACCACGACGCCCUCCAUCGCUCAGCGUAGUCAGAGUACAUCGUCGCGAUUUUCUAUGCCGCCCCGGGCCCUCAGCCCGUAUACGGGUGCGACCGGUCCAAGUCACCCCUACGCAAUGUAUCCGCAAGUUGGCGUUAGCCGGUCUCCAAGCAUAACUACCACUUCGACGGUUCGCCCUGACCGACCAUUGACGGAUACGAACGCGCCUCAACAUCCUUACGCCAUGUACCCUCAAAAUGUUGUGCCAGAAGAAGGGUUGGACAACCCGGUGAUACCGCUUGGAUUUCCCGGCCACGCGCAAGCGUAUCAGCGACCAGCUAAUCGUGCUGAUGAUGAUGUGGGGGAUCUUGUUGGUCCUGACGGACAUACGGAACAACUGCCUCCCUAUUCUCGGUAUCCCGAUGGCGCUGCUCCUAAGAUCGAAGGAGCAUUCGACUCGGUAGAUGCUAUUGAACCCCCGCCAGAUACAGCCGACCGCGACCGCUCGGCGGCACUCCCGGUUUCGGAAAUAUCUUCUACGACAAUAGUUGCGGAGAAUCAACCCGUGACGAGUGCCAUUGCUAAUCCACCGCCGGGGGAACCGCCAGCCACAGGAAUCAUGGCGUUCGAGGAAAAGUUGAAGAGCAAGGGUAAGAAGAAGGCAUGCUGCGGACUACCAGUCUGGACACUGGUUCUUGUCGGUGUUGUCAUUCUUGUCGUUGCCUGUAUCGGAGGUGUCAUCGGCGGUGUGUUAGGGGCCAAGAAAGCCGCCAAUAAUGAGAAACAGAAGCCCCCGGGGCCUAAUAUUGUCACCGUCACGGCUUCCCCAAGGAUGGACGCGACCCCGAUUACUACGACACCGCUGAACCUGAUGCCGGCUCCUACGGGUCCGUGGUUAAUCCCUGCGAGCCCGAAAAAUUCGUCAAGAUUCUGCAUCUCCGACUAUGAGGAUUAUAAAUCCUCCUGGAGCUGUAUGACAAAAGGCAAGAUUCCGAUCGAGAUUACCGAAGAGGACAAACAGCACAAUAUUACCUUUGGCAGCGAUACUUCCUUUUCAUCGUCGUCUUUGACCUAUGGUGCCCAGGCACCAAUUCUCCCCAACCCUACUCAGUCCCUGAGCCUGAUGAUGGAUUCAAGCGACCUCAGCCUGGGGCCCGCAUUGACUUUCUUCUCCUUGUUCGAUAAACUGGUCGUCGUCCCGCAAGACACAUUCCCAUCCGAAGCUGCGACAAAACGGUCCGUCAGCGAAAGUGACGUGUUAUUGAAUGCAUUCCAACGCAAGGAGACCGUACAUAUUGGCGACAAGCCGUGGUUCUGCUGGUGGAACAACACGGUGAUGGAGUUCUUCCUCUAUUUGAACGAGACCACCAAAGAGGCCCAGUAUAGCACCACCACCACGACCACUACGCAGACGGAGCCAACCGCCAGCUCAAAGACUAGCCUCGCAAAGCGCGGUCAGUCCCUGGAAGAUUACCCCAGGCGGAUUAAGAUCGAAGAAAAACGGGACUAUGCGGAUGCUCAGGCUCCCUACUGCCAGCAGAUGCAGGUGAUGGACAAAGGCUCAAUCCAGACUGUUUCCCCCGCCACCAUCGAGAUCAAAGAGAGGGAGCCGACUCCAACGACAACGAUGAAGGGCGAUGGCGGCGCAACCCAGACAUACACGGCCAAGGCACAAUAUGAAAGUGUGUGUUACUGUGUAUCGUUGACAGAUUAG